AUGACUUCGCAGCAGCAUUUCCCUGCAGAUGAGUAUGGUAUCUACUAUGUCCUCGCCGAGUGCGCCGGCCACCCCGAGCCCUUCCCGGCGGGCGAGCCCGGGGCCCCGCAGCCGCGCCUGGAGGGCGUCACGGGCCUGCGCAACCUGGGCAACACGUGCUACGUGAACGCCGUCCUGCAGAGCCUCGGCAGCGUCGCCCCGCUCGCGCAGUACUUCCUGUCGGGGAAGUACGUCACCGCGCUCCACAAGGACUGCAGCAAAGUGGCCACUGCCUUCGCCUACCUGAUGACAGACAUGUGGCUGGGAGACUCGGACUGGGCCUCCCCCGAAAUAUUCCUAUCAGCUCUUGGAAGCCUCUAUCCGGUGUUCAUGAAAAAGACCCAGCAGGAUGCUCAAGAAUUCUUGCUUUAUGUCUUGAACGAACUCCAUGAAGCACUGAAAAAGUGCCAGCGGAGAAGAUCACCCAAGAAAGGCGCAGUUCCCAGGUGCUGCAGAACGGUACUUGCCCAUGAGUCCUCCAUCAUCACGCGGCUGUUUGAGGGGCAACUAGGCUACAGCAUCAUAUGUCUGAAGUGUGAGAACUGCACCUACAAAAACGAAGUCUUCACCAUUCUUUCCCUCCCCAUUCCAUCUCAGCAUGAAUGCAGCCUUCAGGACUGUCUACAGAGUUUUUUCCAACAAGACACAUUGAAUUGUAAUAACCAGAUUCAUUGCUCCUUUUGUGAAACAAAACAAGAGACAGUCGUAAGGGUUUUUAUAUCCAAAGCACCGAAAAUAAUCAUUUUUCAUUUAAAGAGAUUUGACAUUCUCGGCAGCAUGAAGAGAAAACUGAGAACAACUAUUCACUACCCACUCACUAAUUUGGACCUCGUGCCAUAUAUCUGCCCAAUCUUCAGAAAACAUCCCAAGUAUAACCUCUGUGCAGUGGUGAACCACUUUGGUGAUCUGGAUGGUGGCCACUACACUGCUUUCUGCAAGAACUCAGGUACCCAAGCUUGGUACAGCUUUGAUGACACAAGAGUCAGUGAGAUUCCAGACACUUCAGUUCAAACUGCUACAGCCUAUCUCCUGUUCUAUAGCUGCCAGCCCUUUUCCAUACCUAUACAAAAAUGCAAGAGAUAG